GUUUUUGCACACAUAUUAAUAAUGAAAAGCUGUUAGAAGAAUAGUCAAAGAUGGCCCAAAGAGCAAACACAUACUGCAAAUUUAAAGCUCUCUAUUCUAAGCUUUCUAUCGUACAAAUAAGGCAACUUGUGCGUUUGAAGAAGCUUUGCUUCCCAAAAUUACUUUUUGGGGUUCUGAAAAUCGGGCAUACCCAAUUUGCUACUACGAACCUUUCUUUUUAAGGCGGCAGAUCAAAAGGAAAAUACACAUAUUGGAUCUGCAAAGAUUUUGAAGAACCCUCCAUAAGAAAACCCAUCCAGCUUUAAGAUAUUUAAAUGAUUUAAUAUUAUGACAUAUAUAU